UUCGCCAUACCCUCUCUGAGCAGGCCACCACGCGGGCUUUGCCGCUCUGAUUGUGAUUGUUGUCUGUCGGAGAAUAAACUUUUUUUGGUGUUUUUUUUGCUCUUCUUUUGCCCCCUUUUCCCAAACAACACAAAGCGAAAAUGGCUGACUCUCAAGAGGACAAGCUCUAUAAGGCCGAGUACGCCAAGAGCGGCCGUGCAUCGUGUAAGGGGUGCAAGGAAAACAUCGCCAAAGACUCGCUCCGAAUGGCCAUCAUGGUGCAGUCACCAAUGUUCGAUGGGAAGGUCCCACACUGGCAUCACUUCUCCUGCUUCUGGCAACGAGCGGCAGUCCAGUCCCCCUCUGACAUCGAUGGCUUCUCCGCCCUUCGCUGGGAAGACCAGGACAAAGUCAAGAAGGCCAUCGAAAGCGGCGGAGCUACUGGAGGAGGAAAAGGCGGAAAGAAAGGCGGCGGUGCGCAAGGGGAGAAAACGCUCAGCGGCUUUGCGGUGGAAUACGCCAAAUCCAACCGCAGCACUUGCAAAGGCUGCGAGAUGAAAAUAGAAAAGGAUCAGAUCCGCGUGUCGAAGAAGACGGUGGACCCGGAGAAGCCUCAGCUGGGCCUGAUCGACCGUUGGUACCACACGGCCUGCUUUGUGGGCUGCAGGGAGGAGCUGGAUUUCAAGCCAGAGUACAGCGGCGCCCAGCUGAAGGGUUUCAACGCGCUGAGGGCCGAAGACAAGGAGGAGCUCAAGAAGAGGCUCCCGCCAAUCAAAGCAGAAGGAAAGCGCAAAAACGAAGAGGUGGACGGAGUCUCCAAGAAACAGAAGAAGGAGGAAGAAGCGGAGAAGAAAAAAUUGGAAGAGCAGUUGAAGGACCAAAGCCAGCUCAUAUGGGGCAUUAAAGACAAGCUGAGGAAGCAUUGCUCCGUCAACGACAUGAAGGAGCUGCUCAUUGCGAACGACCAGGAGGUUCCAUCCGGGGAGUCCAACGUGGUGGACUACUUGGGCGACGGAAUGGCUUUCGGCGCGCUGGAACCGUGCAAGGAAUGCUUUGGCCAGUUGGUGUUCAAGGGCGACGCUUAUUACUGCACCGGGAACAUCUCAGCCUGGACAAAGUGUGUGUUCAAAACCACGAAACCCGCACGGAGAGACUGGGUCACCCCUAAGGAAUUUCAUGAGGUUCCCUUCCUGAAGAAGUUCAAGUUUAAGCGUCAGGAUAGAAUUUACCCGAAGGAGGCGCCCGCUCCAAGCCAGCUCGCCGUCAAAGCUGAGCCUCUGGCCAGCGCCUCCGGCGCCCCCGCUAAGCCGCUACCAGAGGGCGGACCCCCUGGUGAGUGGCGAGUCCAAACAUCCAGUUCAGGAACUUCAGUGAUCUUAACCGUUCGUGUUUGGAAUGUUUGUACUACAGACAAACCUCUCACUAGCAUGAAGGUGUUGACUGUUGGCAAACUGGCCAAAAAUAAAGACGACAUCAAGGCGGCCGUGGAGGAGCUGGGGGGAAAGAUCUGCACCGCGGCCAACAAGGCCUCGCUCUGCAUCAGCACCAAGAAGGAGGUGGAGAAGAUGGGCAAGAAAAUGGAGGAAGCCAAGGAGGCGGGCGUACGCGUGGUCUCCGAGGACUUCCUCACCGACAUCAAGUCGUCGGGCAAAGCCCUCCAGGAGCUCGUCUCCCUGCACGCCAUCUCCCCGUGGGGGGCUGAGGUCAAAGUGGAGGCCCCCCCGUCGGCGCCCGCCCCGGCGCCCUCCAAGUCGGGCGCGAUGGCUGCUUCCAAGAGCACUGGCAGAGUGAAGGAGGAAGAAGGUAAGAGCAAAGCCAAGAAGAUGAAGCUGACGGUCAAAGGAGGCGCUGCUGUCGAUCCAGACUCAGGUCUGGAGAACAGCGCUCACGUUUUGGAGCAAAACGGUAAAAUGUACAGCGCCACACUGGGCUUGGUGGACAUCAUGCGGGGAACCAACUCCUACUACAAACUGCAGCUGCUGGAGGACGACGUACAGAAAAGGUACUGGGUGUUCCGUUCGUGGGGUCGAGUGGGCACCACCAUCGGGGGCAACAAGCUGGACAAAAUCGGCGAUAAGAACUCGGCGCUCAACAACUUCCUGUCGGUGUACAAGGAAAAGACUGGAAACGAAUGGGGCGCCUCCAACUUCACCAAGUACCCCAACAAGUUCUACCCGCUGGAGAUCGACUAUGGACAGGACGAAGAAGCCGUAAAGAGGCUGACGGCCACGGCGGGGACCAAGUCCAAGCUGGCCAAACCUGUCCAGGAUCUGAUCAAACAGAUCUUUGACGUGGAGAGCAUGAAGAAGGCCAUGGUGGAGUUUGAGAUUGACCUCCAGAAGAUGCCGCUGGGAAAGCUGAGCAAGAGGCAAAUUCAGAGCGCUUAUGCUCUUCUCACGGAAGUGCAGCAGGCGGUGUCCGACUGUGUGCCCGAUUCGCACAUUUUGGAUCUGUCGAAUCGCUUCUACACGCUGAUACCACACGACUUUGGCAUGAAGAAACCUCCGCUGCUCAGAAACCUGGACUACAUUCAGGCUAAAGUUCAGAUGCUGGACAACCUGUUGGACAUUGAAGUGGCUUACAGUUUGCUGAGAGGAGGAGCGCAGGACAACGAGAGGGACCCCAUCGAUAUCAACUAUGAGAAACUUAAGACCAAGAUUGAGGUUGUGGACAAGGCCACGCAGGAGGCUGACGUCAUUCUGGAAUAUGUGAAGAACACGCACGCCGCCACGCACAACACGUAUACACUGGAAGUACAAGAGAUCUUCAAAAUCAACCGCGAGGGAGAACGCCAGCGCUUCCAACCCUUUGAGGAGCUGCACAAUCGGCAGCUGCUGUGGCACGGCUCCCGGACCACCAACUACGCCGGCAUCCUCUCUCAGGGUCUUCGCAUCGCCCCUCCGGAGGCCCCAGUGACUGGUUACAUGUUCGGCAAAGGCGUGUACUUUGCCGACAUGGUGUCCAAGAGCGCCAACUACUGUCACACCUCGCAGUCGGACCCCGUUGGCCUUCUGCUGCUCGCAGAAGUAGCCCUCGGGAAUAUGCAUGAACUGAAAAAGGCUUCCCACAUCACAAAACUGCCAAAGGGCAAACACAGUGUAAAAGGUUUGGGCCGAACCGCUCCGGAAUCGAGCGCCACCACCACUUUAGAUGGCGUCCAAGUGCCUCUGGGAAAAGGAGCCAACACCAACAUUGACGACGCAAGUCUCCUGUACAACGAAUACAUCGUGUACGACGUAGCCCAAAUCAAUCUCAAGUAUCUCCUGAAGAUCAAGUUCAACUACCAAACAUCCUUGUGGUGAGCGGCGCAAACGGGAGCGCCAUCUCGUCCAGGGGCCUCGCUGUGAUUCCGAAAUUCUUUUGUCACUUUAUGCUACUUCGUCGGCAGGUUUGCUAGCUCACUUUGUCUCCCGUUAGUACGUGGAAAGCCCAGUUAAAUGUGGGUUUGUGUUAUUUCUUGUCGAAAAGAGAACUAGAAUGCUAGGUUUCAGGAAGGAGUGGGAAACAGGUGAGAGCAUAUCAGAUAGCCUACCACGCAAUUGACAAAAACAAAUAAAUCACCCUAAAAAUAAAAAAUAAAAAACUCAAAACACUGUACCCGUAAAUGGUCAUCAGAUAUAAUAAUCCACAUUGAAAUGACAAAUGGUUCCCUUCCCCUGGUUUCAGUGGGAUUUGUGACUGACAUCUACUGGCCUGGUUUCAUUUUAAAAUACUGCACGGAACCCCCUUAGACAUGUAUAUAUUAGCAUAUUUUUGAUUGUUUUUCUCUCUUCGUGCAUUUCUCUAGCAAAACAAAUACAAUAAAAUGCUCUUUCCAAACA